UUAACAACAAUCACCCGUCCUUUACAAUAGCCGCUCAACACCACACGAAUAUGUAGUUAUGUGCGUAUGUAUAUAUCAUUCAAGCACAAAUCGCCAUCUCUGUAUUGACGUAGCAAAUGUACGAGAAUCAGGAGCUCUAGAUCUCUUAUCGCUGUGUAUAUGUAUGACUCGUAUGUAUAACCGAGAGAUGCGGUGUUUAGUGAAGGAGUUCUUGACUUGUGGUGGUCACGCCGCUAGUUGAAUCAAUAGUGAAUUAUCCUGGCGAGCCUUUAUCAUGCAUCGUUCCUUUUGCGUGGCUGAAAUAAGCGACGUAAACUGGGUGACUCUAUUCGAUUUCAACGUAUUGAUUUCCUGGUAUAUAUAUCCAUAUUGAGGACCUAGGCGAAAAGACAGCGGAACAAGGCAACCCGAAAGGCACGUCCGAAUCGACGUUUCUCGAAGAUCAACACUAGUUGCGUUUUUUCUCUCCCACUAACAACCGAAACUUAGUGUUGGCUGCGAGUAGCCGUGGCCAGUAGAAGGCGCGCAGAGACAACCUCGGCAGUGUUAACCGAGCAAAAUCAAUGAAAAAUCUUUGUCUAGUUGUUAGAGGAAUGCGCUCAUAAAAUGUGAAAUCUGUUUGCAUUUAGUUGUCUAUCUAAACUAUUUUUUCACGCAUAAUGCAGCCUGUUGAAAUGCCAUCUGACGAAUUUUCUGAAUCGGAAAGCUUGCACUGAGAAAUCAACAUGUGCCUCUACAUACGCAUGCGCAAAUGAUGCGAGUAAUUGAGGGGAAUGGAAAAGAUGGCGGUGACGUAUAGAUACUGUGCUUACUUUGUGUAUUCAACAUGUGUGAUGUGCCGGCAAAGCAACAGCAGAUACACAGCAGCCGAAUAAAAGCUGGCGGAUUCGAUGUGAACUCGAAUUUAAGUAGGUAUGUCGCUUGCCAUUGAGUUCCCAUCGUUCGCCUGGACCAACACCGGUUUGUUUAGAGUUUGUGAAGAAACGAAGAAGAAACGUGAAAACGUGUUUCAAAGGGAAUAUACUACAAAAAGCCCAUUCGAAGGACCAGUGUUAGACCUGUAUUCAUCAACAAGUUGUGUUUGUUAUCAAAAUAAGUGUUUCUUGUUCCAGUUAAUUUCCGGAGAGGAAUUAAAAAGAAUUGCCACGCCAGGUUUUCCGUUUGGAUAACUGAAUGAGUUUUCUCGACAGGUACCACUUCCACAUUUUAAUGCUUUUCUUAAAUUUUCAACCAUUUUUCUCAUCUUUUUCUGAACUAUGACAUUGCGUGAUGUGGCAGGCUCGCUAUAUGAAAAGCCGAGUUCACCAUACAAAGAGGCCUGUUACCCACGCAGUAUUCUAACAAUCUACUUUCUUCUGUUGAUGUGUUUUGUUCACGGUUGUAAAAGUAUUCUCCACUCGGGAUCAAAAUUACCAGCCCACCCCUCCGACAGCUCGUGCGAGAUCAGGAACGAUGGGGGCAGUUCUCCAUUCGUUAACCGGUCCCAGUGCCUUUCUCUCAGUUCUAGAUUCAGUGAAAAUAUUUGCAAUAUUAGUGAAACACUCCGAACGCAGGAAUUACGGAAAUACAAGUUAAAGUUCUGUUCAGAUUAUACUGUGUAUGCGGUGAUUCCAAAUAAGGAUAUAGUUCGCGAAAUAGAGGAUGCAGGCUGUUUAAAUUAUCUCCAGAAAGUUAUAUUUUUGGAUCUGGAGGUUGAAAAAAUGUAUGAGGAAUUUAAGCAAAUAAUGUUCAAGUUUGACUGCUCCCGGACAAAAUAUUCGGUAAAGUGGGCAUGUGUUGAUUGUGAGACUGCGUAUAGAAAGUGGCUAUGCUCAUUACAUAUAAACUACUACCACACAUGCUACUUCGAUAGAGACACACCAGUACCGCCCUGUCCAAAUACGUGUAUGGAGGUAGAGCGCAAGUGCCCAUUUUUUCGUCCAAAUACGUCCUACGCUCAAGCAGGAGACCCAAGCUUCAUAUGCAAAGAUCGUGAUAUACACAGGGAAGAACCCUAUUCCAGUUGUUACAGAGAUUGUCACCUGAGAACUAAUGACUGUGAAUUUCCGUGCAAAUCGGAGGACAUUACCACAACAUCAUCUAUCACAAACGAAUCUACCGAUUCCACCAAAAUCACACCCAGAAGUAAAUCAAGUGAAAGACUUGCGCUUCUACAAAGACCCAGUUUAGUGAACAUUGUACUAUAUGUGUUAAACCUGUGUAUAGUUAGGACGUUAUUACAAUACCUAUCGAUAGGCUGGACAUAGAUAGGUCCCCUGUAUAUAGUGUACAGUAUUUCUAUCCAUCAUACCAAUGUGAACCAAUUAUAUUAUGUGCGGAAACGUGUGACAGAAGUUUAGUUACGACUCUUCAGAAAUUGGAAUACCCUAUAGUUGUGAAGAAUAGUCAUAUAGCAAUCAUUUUCAAAUGGUUCCCGUGUUAUUCAGUAAAAACAUGUCUGCCACAUUUUACGUAAAAAUGCAAGAAAUGUCCUAUUAUGCCGUCAUGAAAUGAUAAUCAAAUGAGGCGACGUAUGUGAAGAUUACACAAUGACGUCACAAUCGUAAUUAUUUAUAGAGCUGAGAUAGUGAAAAUCUAGAGGCCGAGAAUUAACUUGAAAUCCGGGUUUUUAUAUAGACCGCAAAUGGAUUUGAAAAAUGAGAUUUCUGAAAAAUUUUCAUUUCAGCUUACCAGAAAUUCCUAAAAGGAAAACUAUUUGACCAUUCUGCUAUGGAAUCCUGUGUCUACAAUGAAAAAGUUGUGUAUCAGUACUAGUACUUCCAUAUACAUUCAGGGAUCCGCCUAUUGUAACCCAAUACUAUAUAUAUAUAUAUAUUAUCAUGUUUAAGUUAAUACCAAUUAUCUAGAUCUCUAUUUUUUUUUUUUUUUUUACUGCUUACAUAGCCUUACGUUUCGUAUAGCAUUAUGUUCAACGACUGAUUGUGUGGUGGAUUGCCUCAUCUAGUGUAGACGUAUAGGAUAUAGAACAGAGUUUGAUUGAUUUUCAUUUUUGGAAUUAUGAUAUCGUCAAUAUUUUUUGUUGAUAUGUAACUCAAAAUAAGCACCAAAUUUUGUACAUAUUUUUAUCCUAGUCAAAAGCGUCCCUACACAUAUAUAUGGUUAUCUCCCCAACUAGACUUUCGCACUUAAUCGCUGUGUCCAUAUUACCUGUUCUGAUCACAACCUCAAAACAUUAUUUGUAUACAUAUGGUUUGUUUUAUAUAUAUAGUAUAAGUUUUACUGAUAUUAUUUCAAACUGAAUAACACCGAACGAAAGUUUAUGUAAUUGUAAAAGCUAGUACGUUAAGUAUGCAUUAUGUUGCAAUUGGAUAAUUUGCAUUACAUAAUGAAUAUUCUCCUUCGAAAACCAAAACAAUAGUCUAGUACUUUAUAAAUGUUCUUCAAAUAUUGAAACAGGGUAGACUGUUAUACUAAAUAUGUGGAUUGCUAAUUUCGCUUUUUCCAAUAAACCUGUGGCCAGGUGUAAUUAAGCAAGGGCCAUAUAACUUAUAUUGGUCUGGGAUAUUUGUAACGUAGCAUAUACUUUAUAACAUAUUCUUUUGUGAUAUUUUGAAAUAUACUUUAUAUAUAAAAUCAUUUGUUUUAACAAUAAUUCAACAGUCGAGUUUUAAUAUUUUCUAGUAUGUUCGAGAACAUUUUUAACUUACUAAGAGGUUUGUAACUUUCCAAUAUGCUUGCAUAUUUAUUGUGCUUUAACUUAUUGCAGAUUUGUAUAAGUUUAAUGUUGGUUUAAUUGUUAUUUUUAAGGCUAGUUCCCUCAUUAGAUGUGAUAAUUUUGCUAUGUGAAAUUGUACUCAUUUUUGUGUUUUUACGACAUUUCCCAUUACCAGGGUGUGAUAUUACUUAUGAAUGAAAUAUUAUUUAAUCAUCACAAAAAUGCAAUUUAAUUGGCACGGGAUAGUCGUAAAACAGAUAUGUGUUACUGAUGUACAGUUUGGUACACUGCAUCACGGCCCGUCCUAACAGAAUAAAAAAUACAACUUUAUUGGAUUGGUGUCAUAAACACCUACAUGUAUUCAGAUUGAUAACUCACGUUUAUGCUAUUAAAAGGCUGUUACUCCAAGUUUACAGCUGUUAAGAAUUCUAACAUUUCUUUGAUCGCUGUCGAGUUUUUAAAGGAAAUUACCUUUGAUAACCUGACAAGCCUUCAACCUACGCUUCAUUUUUAGUUUGAUUUUGUGUUUGGUUUCAUAUGGUAUAAACAAUAUUAUUGAUGUAUUACUAGGUCGAAGUUGUCAUUAUACGUCUCGCAUUCUGUUCAUAAGUAUCUGUAUCUAUGUUGGUAGUUUCGUUACGACAAACAAGCAAACAACACAUAGCGUCAUAUUAUUUAACGUUAGACGUAGUUAGCUCAAACUUAUGUAAGAUAUAAUACUGUAAAUACCUAUACAGACAAUGUAGAUGUUCAUAUAUUAUGAUAUCUUCCAGGUGGAUGUCGGUGAAUUGUAAACAAAGGUGGACGAUCCACGUGUUGGAGUGUCUUGUUUGUGUAUAUAGUAUAUAAGUCAAAUGUGUUAAGUGGUGUGUUGUCUACGGAAGAUAAAAGUGUGUGUGUGCGUUCCGUCGGUUUGACAGUUGACAGAUGCAUUAAAAGGAGGUGGAUUUUUGAAUGCGUGCAGUGCGUGGUUUUAUAUCAAUUUAAACUACAACAGUUGUGUUAUUUGAUAAAUUGAAGUUGAAAGGAAUUACGUGUGAUUGUGUUGCUACAAAGACAUAAAAAGCGUGUAGUGACGUUCUGAUUGAAGUAUAUUUAAUAUGUGUUUUGUUUGAAAUUAAAAGUUAUAUACAUGCGGGCAAAGUAACCUGGAAUAAAGCACAUAUACCAUAGGUGCUACCUCUGCCUGUAUCAGUAUAAUGUUAGAAACUGUGCUGAUACGAACGUUAAAAAGCCGAUUUAUUUCAUUUUUUACCUGUUUUUUAGGUGAACAAAUAUGUAAAUAUGUAAGAAAUAAUAAACACAAAUUAAUGUUUUGUGAAGGAAAAAUUAGGCAGUUUGAGAAAUAUUUGAGAAGGUUUACGUAGUACAUGUCCAAAAGCAUGUGAAUGAUUUUUUCCUUGCAGUAAAUCCUAAUGAUAUCCAAAGACAUAACCAUGUUGGCUAUAUUACAGUACUAUUGCACGUCGGGAGUUUUGAAGUUAUACAGCAUGAUCAAACUAGGUAGUAAUAUUAACGAAUACAACAUGAAAUAUCCGAUUCUGAUUUGUCAAAUAUUCAACUAAUAUCUUAACAGGUCACAUAUUAAAAUAAUAUCUUGACAUUGCAUCGCCUUUAUCACAUUGUUUUCAAAAAUCGCUACAUUUAUGUACACAUUGAUAUAAUAUAAUCAUUUCUUACCAUGAUAAAGGGUAAUUCUUGUGUCAAACAUUAGACGUUAUAAUUGACAAUUGCUUAAAUUAUUGUAUUUAUUAUUUUAAAAACAAAACAUAGCAGUUUUUAAUUAAAGAGUUAAGGAAAAUCUAUAGUAAAUUUUACUAAUUAAACUAUUGUAUUUAUCCGUUUAAAUGCAGAAAAUAGCAAUUUUGAAUUAAUGAGUUAAGGAAAAUCUUAAGUAAAUUUUACUUAUUUAGCUAUUGUAUUUAUCUUUUUGAAUGCAAAACAAAAGCAAUUUUUAAUUAAGGGUUCAGGCUAAUCUAUUGUAAAUCUUAUUAAUCAAACUAUUGCAUUUAUCCUUUUAAAUGCAUCAAAUAGAAAUUUUUGAUAAAAAGUUAAAUCAAAUCUGUAGUAAAUUUUACUAAUUAGAUUGUUGAUUUGGUCACCAUGGUGAGCCGUAAGGCAAAGAUACUGACACAUUAACUCUGAUGAAGGAAUAGGAAAGUAAUUAUAGCUGAUACUAGGAAACGAUAAUAACUUUUGUGUCAUAACAAGGUUUGAAAGUUUGUAAACUGCUGUUUUGUUAUAAUGCUUACUUAUUCAUCACAUAUAUACGAUUCCCCGUCAUAUAGUGAUAUUAGGUCAUUUUUUAAUAAAACAUGUUUAACUGGUACCCAAAUUUAACGCAAAAGUAUUAAUAUCCCCGAAUUACAUAUAAUACUACUCCGUUCCAAUGAUUCUGGUGUAGGAUGUUUGUAUUUUUUCUGUAAGUUCCAGCCAAUUAUUAAUAGUCUUUCAACAAUCAUUUAAUUCACUGUUUACCUGUUCUGUCCGCCCGUUUGAAUAUAUUUAACAUUUUAACUAACUUCGAGUGUGAUUUAUUAUACACGAUCGAUAUGUGUAGGUUGUACCCACUAAUGUUUGAAUUGGUGAAUUUGUCUCGUCAUCCAAAUUCAAUAUCGCAAACAUGAUUCACAGAAAAUAACAUCACAUUGUUUACUACUUACAAAUAACCAUUUGAAUCGCAAUGAUGUCUAGUUUCUAGAUUUUGUUUUGGUUUAAACAGUAUUUUAUUUUGUAAACAGCAAAGUUGUACACAUUACAUGAAUGUAAGGAUUCGAAAACAAGCCUAAAGCUUAUGUUAAUUCGUCUCCUUAUAAAAGAAAUAGCAAAAUAUAUACAGGCGACGGUAAGUCAAAAGAGCAUGGAUAUGGUAACUUAAAUACAAAGUUUAAACCAGAAAAAUUAGGUAAUAAUGAAGAUCAUAAUUCAAAAUCUUAAUCCAUGUCCCAACUGUGUCAGUACCAGUAUGUACAUGAUAAAUGUUGGCGCGUAUUCUAUUUAAUACAUUAUUAUGAUAAACAUGUUAUAUAUGUAUUAUAUUUAGAGAUAUGAUGCCAUUGAAAGACAGAUGAAGCUCCAAGAAUCACCCGAUCGAGCUCUUGAUAUACGAUAUCAAUUUGAGAAGCGUCUGCUUUCUAGAAUAAAACAUUGAACAGUAAGGAAUAUAUCUUCAUUUUGAUCUGGAAGAAGAGUACUGUCCCCACGGAGAGCAGACUUUAAGUUAACAUUAUAAGGGAGGGUAUCUAUUGUUUCUCUUUUGAUUUUGUUUUAGAACUGGAUGAUAGUUUAAGACUUUAUCAGGUAGCACAUAUUUUGAUAGCAGCGCUAGUUUUUUUUUAUAAGAUGUGUACUAUUUGUAAUUUUGGACCGUGUGCAAUAGCAAUAUACCUCCAAAGCAUUUUAGCGAAACAAUGUAUUUCCUCAAAUUCAUCAGACAAUAACUGUUUUAAUGAACUCAUCUGUAAGAUUUUUGCACGAAUACUUUUACAAUAGCUCACAAUUAUGUCGUAGUGGCGACGUUUUUUUCAUGUGGAUAAACAAGGGCGAUCAAGCAAAAAGAAAGAAGAAAAUAAUUACAACAGCCCACAAUUAGGUCAUAGGGCUGAGUACCUCGUCCUUGAAUCCGUCAUUUCUUUGAAACACUUCUUCACUCAUUAUGGUGACGAUUUUUUUCAUCAGGAGAACCAAUGGGCGAUCAAACAAAACGAAAGAAGAAAAUAAGUACAACACCAAAAUCAUAAUUUGGCAUUUGUUAAUAUUGAGGAAUGAACAUUUAAGAGGGUAACAAACAUUGAAAUAGUUGACCCUUAAUGUUAGGACUAAAUUAUAGUUUUGUGAAAUGAAUGGGACGAUAAAUUGUAAGAACUGAUGAAUUUGUCUCAAAUCCUGCUAAACUUAUCAUCAUAGCAUCUAAAACGCGAUAUUCAUUUCAUGCUUUUAUAUUGAUAAUUAAAUUAAUAAAAAUUGGAACUAGAUUUAAUUACGACGUUUUAUAACAUUUAUCAUUUUCAUAGACUGUAAUUUCAACAACUAUUUCUUAAAAGAACAUUUUGAUAACAUGGAAUGAAAUUAAUAAUUGUUACUUGAUAGAUAUUAAAGUGUGGGAACAGACAGGUAAACUUGUCUGAACUCAUGGGCUAAUGAUAGAGGAAACAGUUUGUAAUGUUCCUGCUUACAGCUUUAGUAGGACUUCACAUAUGCGUUUUCAAGUAAAAUACAACAUAUCUCUCGAUCUCAACAUAGAUGUUAUUCAGUAGAAUGAUAUUGAUUUGACACAAAUUAGGAGCAUCAGAUUUAGUCAGUUACACUACUUAGACUAAUAAAAAUGGCAAACCCUAACGAAGAGCAUUAAAUACUACAGUAUAUUUGUUUGUUUCCUAACUUCCUUUGUGUAUAUACAUAGAAUGGUAGCGAGUGUUAUCAGAUCUAAAUCAUACAAUACCAUACUUAAGAUCAUAAUAUCAUACAGAAAUACAUAGUAUGUUUGACGUGUUCUCUCAAUCAGAUGUGAGAUUAGGUUUCUCAUAAUUCAAAAACAGGCAUAUGUAUGGUUGUCUCCCUUCUCUACCUGAAUAUUUGCCAAAAGAUUCACAUGUCUUGUUUGGCCUUUGUGUAGAGACUGUUAAUAAAAAUAAUGUUAAAUGUGAUAUGUUUGUUUGAAAAUAUAUACAAGUUUAAUAAAAGCAAA